AAAUUGUAACCGUGUUGCAACUUGCAACCGGCCUAUCUCCUUGCCCGCGAAGCCAUGGCGGAUGCCCCCGCGAUGGCCUCAUCACCACCGGCGUCCGCUGACGACGGCGGUCCAUCCUCGCCUUCCGUAGCCGUCCCUCGUGUACUUCCCUCCAGAUUGCUCCUAGACACCCCGCCUCCUUCCAGCGGUAGGGCGCGGGGCCCGCGGGGCGGCAGUGCGGCUGCGGCGUCGGGGCGCGGCGGCAGUGCGGCUGCGGCGUCGAGGCGCGGCGGGCGAGGCGGAGGCACGAGGAGGGAGUCCACUUUGCCGGCUGCGGCUUCAAACGGUACAGGAGGGAGGAGGCCGGAGCGGGACUGGCUCGCCGAGGCGGUUAUGAUGAUCGGGCGGCCAGUCGAGGACGCGGGACUGGCAUCCGCCGACAUUCUUCAGCUGGCGAUGGCGAAGGGCCCUAUGUUCGAGUGGCUGAGCUACUGGCCGGAGGAGGGGUACCUCAAGGAAGAUCAUCCCUACUGACGCACGGUGCUUUUCCUCUGCUCGGGUACGGCAAAAUCGUUGAUGGCUUCUUGGGGUAUUGCAAAGGCAGCAGCUUUUAUCGGCGUGGCUUGUUCAGUAGUACUAGUAGUUAACUAGUUAUCAUUUUUACCUAAUUAGUUCAGUCGAAGCCUCCAGGGACGUUUGUGUCACUACUCACUAGAUUGUAUGGGAAGAAAAAUGCGCAGUUCCAACUACUCUGCAUGCCCAGAAUUUGCAAUUUGACUAGUUUGGCGAACGGAUCCUUAGUACUGUAUGAAGCUUGUAAUGAAAAAAAAUGGGCGGAACAUGAGUCCUAAUCUUUGCAA